AUGGCUAAGGAUAAGGUCUGCCUCGCAUACUCCGGUGGUCUCGAUACCUCCUGCAUUCUUCGAUGGCUGAUUGAAGCCGGCUACGAUGUCGUCUGCUUCAUGGCCGAUGUCGGUCAAGAAGAGGAUUUCGAAGCCGCCAAAGCCAAGGCCUUGAAGAUUGGAGCCGUCGCCUGCUACAUCGAGGACCUGCGCAAGGAGUUCAUCGAGGAGCUCUGCUUCCCGGCCGUACAGUGCAAUGCCAUCUACGAGAAUGUCUACCUGCUCGGCACCUCGCUCGCCCGCCCCGUCAUCGCCCGCGCCCAGAUCGCCGUCGCGCAGAAGGAAAAGUGCUUCGCCGUAUCCCACGGCUGCACGGGCAAGGGCAACGACCAGGUCCGCUUCGAGCUGGCCUUCUACGCCCUGCAGCCUAAGAUCAAGGUCAUUGCGCCGUGGCGGAUGCCCGAGUUCUAUGAGCGUUUCCCGGGCCGAGAUGCGUUGUUGGAUUAUGCGGCUGCGACGGGCAUCCCGGUUAGCAGUACGAAGAGCAAGCCGUGGUCGAUGGAUGAGAACUUGGCUCAUUGCUCUUACGAAGCUGGUAUCCUUGAGGACCCCGAUACUACUGCCCCAGCCGAUAUGUGGAAGCUUACCAUCGACCCAUUGGACGCCCCAGACAAGCCAGAGGACUUCACCCUCUUCUUCGCCAAGGGUCUCCCAGUCAAGCUGAUCACCAAUGGUAAGACCGUCACCGACCCGCUUGAGCUCUUCUUGGAGGUCAACGCCAUCGCUCGCCGCCAUGGUGUUGGACGUAUCGAUAUCGUCGAGAACCGAUUCAUUGGCCUCAAGUCCCGUGGAUGCUAUGAGACUCCGGGCCUUACCUGCCUUCGCGGCGCCCACAUCGAUCUUGAAGGUCUCGUCCUCGACCGUGAGGUUCGCGCUCUCCGUGACCAAUUCCUCACCUUCAACUAUGCCAAGAUUCUCUACAACGGCCUCUACUUCUCUCCCGAGCGUGAGUUCCUCGAGCAAUCCAUCGUUGCCUCCCAAAAGGACGUUAACGGCCAAGUUCGCUGCCGCGUCUACAAGGGCUCCUUCACCGUCCUGGGCCGCAGCUCCGAGACGUCCAAGCUCUAUGACGCCUCAGAGAGCUCUAUGGAUGAGAUCGGUGACUUCGCCCCUUCGGAGACUGGUGGAUUCAUCACUGUUCAGGCUAUCCGUCUGAAGAAGUAUGGUCAGGCCAAGGCGGAUGCUGGUGAGCGUCUCUGA